AUGGAAGCUAAACACACAGUUGCUUCUAUUAUUACCAGGCUCCCAAUCGAGAUUAUUUUGUUGAUAGUUGAGAGUCUGGUCCCUCAGAAUGAUGCGACACGACCGAUCCUCCCCGCAUCACAUCCCAUUACAAAAACGCUAUUGUCAUUGACGAGAGUGUCUAAGGCAAUCUAUCCUACUGCCUGCAAACUCAUCUGGCAAAAUUGUCUCUAUCUUGACACAAAGUCAAAACUCCGCAAGUUUAGACGAUAUAUCUCUAAAAAGAGCCCUAUCACCGGGCGAUUACCAUGCGACGCCUAUGGGUCAGCGCGACUAUACCUCAACCCAUUGCGUUACAAGUUUGAUACGGCUUCCACUUAUGAUACAAUUUCCCCAUCUACUCGUCGCGCAAGCAGGCGGUCUGGCCGUAUCAACAAUGACCCGGACAGUGAUAUGUCAGGCGAUUUCAGUGAUGAUUCGAGCGAUGGGUCACAAACCCGCCGUAAUCGAGGAGCACCCAAAGCGUCUCGGUCAGAAUCUACUGUGGACGAUGGAUAUUCUGAGCAUUCGAGGCACGACUGGUCAGGAUACCCUAUGCAAGACCUUCGAACGAUUUAUAUUCUUGAAGACGUUCUCAUCACUCUUGCACCAGUCCUCAAGACUCUCAUCGUGGAUAUGCCCUUAAGGGAUAUAGACCCUUGGGAAGACGUAAUCAUUUUAAAGUCCCUCAGACAGGGCUUUGAGGCUCUGGUCAACGUCGAAGAGCUCAUCAGCGUCAAAGACGAAUUAUACCUUGGUGAGACUGUUAUUGGGCAAUAUCAAGUCUUUACCAAAUGGCCAAAACUGCGACGUUUAUGCCUGUAUAACGUCAUGAUGGAGGAGCAAUUGUGGAAAGAUAUGGCCUCGUGUCCACAAUUGGAAUCCGCUGUCUUCAUAAGACCUGAUCCUUCCGACGAUGACCUUUCAAAUGAUGAUAUCAAAGGAGGAUGGACGAGAGCAUGGGCUACAGCAAACCCUCGAGACACGAAGCGUGACGGUCUAGUAUACGAAGGACCUAAGAUGACAAUAGCUUUCUGCAACUGGCCACCCUACCUACCCGACUUCAACAGCAUGAUACCUCACUGGCAAGAGGUUGACCUCGACAAUAAAAUCAGCGUUUUGAAUGUGGCUACCCAUGCGAGAUAUGAUAGAAAGGCAAGAAAAAGGGGACCCAUUGCCUCAUGCCAGGAUUGGGUCAGAGAUCACUCUUUGCUUGGUACAAUUUGGAGUGAAGUUGAGCGAAAAGGUCAGCCUGUAACUCCGCCAAUAGUGUUUGAGGAGGGCUAAGUUGAAGAAGACGAUGAUGAAUGGGUUGAUGACGAUGAUGGCGCGGACUGGAGUGAUGACGAUGACGACUCAUGGUAAUAAAUCUCACGAGAGACUUGAAGAUAUUCCAGCAGACUUCACCAAUUCAAGCUCAUUUUGUUGGUCAAAUUGGCG